AUGGCGUCUGCGGUUCUUCAAGAGGAACUAAGCUGCUCCAUAUGCCGUGAGUUGUAUACAGAACCAGUGACACUAAGAUGUGGUCACAGCUUCUGCCUUACCUGUAUCAACAAGUCCUGGGACAGUCAGGGGUUGAGAGAAGAGGAAUACUCUUGCCCUGAAUGUAGAGACACCUCCUUGAUGAGACCAGCAGUAAAAAGGAACAUGAGACUUUGUAACAUAGUAAAAUGUUUCCAUCCUAACCGGACAAAAAAACAGUUUACUGGAAUCAUUUGCACUUACUGCAUUAGCUCUCUGGUACCUGCAGUUAAAUCCUGUCUCCUGUGUGAGGCUUCUCUGUGUGAUACUCAUCUGGAGGUGCACAACAAGUCAGAGGAACAUGUCUUAAGCAAACCCACCACUUCCUUUGAAAACAAAAAAUGUUCUUUGCACAAGAAGCUUCUGGAGUAUUAUUGCUCUGAGGACGGUGCUUGUAUUUGUAUGUCCUGCUGUAUAUCCAAAGAGCACCAAGGGCAUCAAGUGGAGCCCAUAAAUGAUGCUUGUAAGAAGAGAGUACAAAAACUACAUAACUUGCUCAGCAAAUUGGUUCCAGAGCAAGAGAUGACUGAUACAAAAAUAAAGGAGCUGAAACAGCAUAAAGAUCAUAAAAGUGUAGCAGAACAAGCUACUGGUAUUUUUAGAGACAUCAGGGAACAGCAGACAGCCUUGGAAAAUAUAAUCCUAAAUGCGAUCCCCAAACAGGAGGAGAAGGUGACCCUUGCAUUCUCAGACCAAAUGAGAAAGCUGGAAUUGAGGAAAGAUGAGCUGUCCAGGAAGAUUGGCCACAUUGAGGAGCUAUGCAACACAGAUGAUCCAAUAAAGGUCUUAAAGGAAUCACAGAGAGAUGAGUUAAAUUCAGCAGAGGAGAGAAGAGAUGACUCUCUAGCAGAUGAUAUGGAUCACAUUCUGAUAUCACAGUCUUUACUCACUGCAUUAAUUGACAUUGUGAUGGAUGUCAAAGGAAAGACUGAAUUCUGUGUGCAAAAGGCUUCAGACUUACUACUUGAUGCAAAAGUUGCUGCCUUGGCUAAUACAAAGCACACAUCUGGUUCAACAAGCAAGAAACUCAAAGAGCAAUCUACCCCUGCUAAGGAGCAGCACCAGAAUGCAGGAUCACCAAAAUCUGUAGAAAGUAAAACAGUUCUCCGUGUUAGAACAAAUACUCAUAAUAUCCAUUCAGAUACAGUGUUGCCAUGGCAACACUUUCAGCAAGUUUCGGCCAUAGCCCUCGAUGAAGGCACAGCUGCUACUAAUGUGAAGCUCAAAUAUAAAAACAGUUUUAUCACUUGGUCAGAAAUACAACUGCGAGAAGAAACGCCAGAAAGAUUUGAGUCCGGUCAGGUUUUAAGCUCCACAAGUUUUUCGUCAGGUCUUCAUCACUGGGAUGUGGAGACCAGCGAGUCAGGAUACUGGAGAGUCGGGGUGGCCUAUGCCUGUAUAGAGAGGAAAGGACACACAUUCUGCAUUGGAGAAAAUAAAGAAUCAUGGUGUUUGAGUAUGUUGUGUGGAAACUAUUCUGCUUUACAUGAAGGUAAAGAGAAAGACUUGUCACGGCUGGAUAUUAAGGGAAAUAUUUUCAGAAUAACAGUAGACUAUGAGGCCGGCCUGCUGUCCUUCUCUCAACUGAAGGACAAGAUGAGAACCAUACACACCUUCUCUGCCCGAUUCACUGAGCCUCUUCAUGCUGCAUUCUGGGUAUCGUCUGGUGCUUGGGUGAGAAUCAGUUCUUUGUAG